UCCGCCAGCGCGUACUUCCGCGCGCUCCUUCGCGACUAUCUCUACUACCGACUGACUGUGAGUGAGUGCGCGUGCAGUGAGUGCAAUGUGCUCGGCCGCAUGAGGAUCCUACUAAGCGAACUAGGACUGUCUGGCGCGUGCCUCGGUCUGACCCUGGAGUCGCGCGCCGCUUCUCUGGAUCCUGACAAGCCAGCGCCAGGUCAGCGCCCGCACGACGAUACGCGUCCUUCCAUUUCUGUGUUUAUUUUCGCUUUCAUUGUGUAGAGCCUCUGGGUGCGUAGACUUUGCGUGGAACUGUCGUGACGAUGGCCAUCGGCUAGAAUGCGAGGUGCGUUGCUGACGCCCUCCAGCCAACACUGUGGCCUUAGACAAUUCCUUAACACACGGCCGAGCGCCAUUGAGCCGCGCUCGCCAAGCGCUUUCACGUCAAACUCCUCCAGCAUGCUACUGCUGCAAACACACAGCAACUACGGUUCGUCCUUCACUGAUUUACUGUCACCGCAAUAUCAAGAAGACUCUUCUGAAAUUUUAGAAGAAAACUUAGAUCCAUUUCCUGACGUCGAAUUUCAUGCACCUAUUCCACCAGAAGUUAAAUCUCAACGAACAACUCCAGUGAGUGAAACUCCAUCACCUACGCUCGGACCAGCAUUACCCAGUUUUGAAGAAACGUAUUCAGUUCGCUAUCCGAAACAAGAAAUGGCGGAAUUUGGGUUAAAAAUGGAUGAAGACUGCUACAAUGUUAGCGCAUAUUCCCAUCAAGGGCAUGCGUCAACUCAGUUGCUAUAUCAAUAUCAUCAACCACCUUUACCGUAUGUACCAUCUCCUUACUACGCACAGGCCCAGCCGUGCUCUCCGACAUUUGAUACUGGCGGAGUUACGAAUACUCAAGAUUCUUAUUCAUUGCCACCUUUUCCAAGCUCGGUGGAUUUGCACAUUACCACUGACCAAAAUAGGCAACGAAGGUCAUCGUUACCAGUUCAAAGAUCAGAAUCUAGUAGUUCUAACGAAAGUCCUAAGCUACAUGGCAGCAGAGUUCACUGUAUGCAGGCUUCGGCACCAAGCUCUGCAUCUAGUUCACCUGGCGGACAGCCACAAGAGAAUACUGCGUCACGAGCUGCGCCACCAUCACCAAGUCAACUUUGUGCCGUUUGUGGAGAUACGGCUGCAUGUCAACAUUACGGCGUAAGAACUUGUGAAGGAUGUAAAGGAUUUUUUAAAAGAACUGUACAAAAGGGUUCUAAAUAUGUUUGCUUAGCUGAAAAAUCUUGUCCAGUUGAUAAAAGAAGAAGAAACCGAUGUCAAUUCUGCAGAUUUCAAAAGUGUCUUGCUGUGGGUAUGGUUAAAGAAGUAGUCAGAACUGAUUCAUUAAAAGGAAGACGAGGUAGAUUGCCAUCUAAGCCGAAAUGCCCACAGGAAUCCCCUCCAAGUCCGCCAAUUUCUUUAAUAACUGCCCUAGUCAGAGCCCAUGUUGAUACGUCCCCUGAUUUUGCCAAUCUUGAUUAUUCGCAAUAUAGGGAACCAAAUCCUAUGGAACCACCUAUUUCGGAUUUGGAAGUAAUUCAGCAAUUUUAUUCGAUACUGACAACGUCAAUUGAUAUGAUUAAAGUUUUUGCUGAGAAAGUACCUGGAUAUGGCGAUCUAUGUCCUGAGGACCGCGAACAGUUAUUUGCUUCGGCACGACUUGAGUUAUUUGUGUUACGCCUUGCAUACCGCACUCGUCCUGAAGACACGAAGCUAACUUUCUGCAAUGGACUGGUUCUUGAUAAAAGACAAUGUCAACGAUCUUUUGGAGACUGGUUGCACGCUGUGCUUGAUUUUAGUAACACCCUGCAUUCGAUGGAUAUCGAUAUCUCUACCUUCGCCUGUCUGUGUGCACUAACUCUAAUAACAGAGAGACAUGGCUUAAAGGAGCCUCAUCGGGUUGAGCAGCUUCAGAUGAAGAUAAUCGGAUGUCUGCGUGCUCAUAUGCCAGGCGGUGGAAACACGAACGCAGCCGGCGCCCCUCACUUCAGUCGUGUUCUUGGAGCUCUGCCUGAGUUACGAUCACUUUCCGUACAAGGUCUUCAGCGCAUCUUUUAUCUGAAGUUAGAGGAUUUAGUGCCAGCGCCGCCACUUAUUGAGAAUAUGUUCCGCGCCAGCCUACCUUUUUAGGCGCCUCGCACGCUUUCCCUGCAAUGACAUCCUGAGGACCACUCCCGCCUUCUACGCAUUCUCUUCUAGAGCCGACUCCAUUAUUUUUAUAAGUGUUUACUUAGAUUAAAAAUAUUUUUCUAGAGACUAGUAGAACUCUACAGGACACGAUCUCCACGGAAUCGGUUUAUGCUUGUUGUAUGAAAUUAUGAAUAAUAUUAUUAAUUAAUUUUAAGUAAGAAAAAUAAUCUUACCGCGUAAGUCCUAAUAUAUUGGGCACUUAUAGUUAAGCUUAAUUUAUUAUAAAUGUAUAUUUGUGUGUGAUUCCGUUUUAUCUUAUAAAGGUAUCUAUUUAGUAGUCUGCAUUUAAGUUACCGUUCGUAAUCAAUGGCAUCUCGUCGUACAAAUAUUCCUACGUUAUUUACUUGUGUAUUAUUAAAUAAGAAAAAUCUAGUCACAAGACUUACAAAUGUUAAAAAUUUGGCUCGUAAACACCGAAUUUUAUAGAAAAUUUAUGAAUAAUUAAGGUAUUUGUUGAUAUCUAAAUAAGUGUGGUGUGAAUGAAAGAAAUGAAGAUUUGAAAGUCUCGCUGACCGCGCUCGGCGCUCCCGCUCCGUGCGUAUAUUACGCGAAGGGUAGUGUCGAACCAGACCGCAGAUGGCAGUUACCUUUUAGGUUUAAAUUAUUUUAUAACUAUUUCAUAGAAUGUUAAUGUGAAUUGUUAAAAUAAAAAUAUACAUAUAAAGUAAGAGAAAAAGUUCAGCAUUUCUAUUAUAGACUCUCAACUCCAACGUGUCUUAAAGAGUACCUUCUUAGAUAUGUAGCUUAUAAAUUCCCUGGUGCAAUUGACACUCUUUAAAGUAAAACAGUAGAGCUAGUUACCCUAAACAUAUCAAUGUACUUAUUUAGAAUGCUACUAGAGUGUGCACGUAGGUAAUUUAAACUGUUUUUUUUUGUUAAAAAGUAUGUUUAUUCUGUCUCUGUACCCAUAAAUACUAUUUCGCCCAAUAAUAUGCUGCAAAUACUAUGUUUUUAUUUAAAGGCAAUUUAGAACAUUAAUAAA